AUGACCGCAACUAUUAAAGAUGUAAUGAAGGAAAGCAAGACUGCAGUAGAACUUCUGUUCUGCUUCCACAUCAUUAAUUUAAAACUUGUAAACUCAAACGCUUGUAGACAUAAAUAUUUAAUAUCAUUUUUCAUGUUAUUUAAAAAAAGUGUAUGGGAUAAUUUGAAGUGGAUGGAAAAUGUCUAUGAAUACAAAACAAGGCAAUUUUUGUCAAGAUUUUUAAUUCAUUCAUUGGCUUUCUCUCUCUCUAACAUGGUAAGGAAUUUCAAUUUCCUACGGAAAUCAUGCCUUGACAUCAACAUAUUGCACAUUGUUAAAAAACCAUCAACAUUAGCAUUAGCCUUGUUCAGCAUAGCAAUUCAACAUAAAAGGGAACGAAAGGAAUUAAAAGUGUGGAUACCAAACGAAUUCGAACAAAAAAAUUAUAAUUAA